UGAUUGUGAAAAAAAUUGUUGAUAGUGAACUAGAAUCAAUAACAAAUUAUUAAUAAAUAUUAUUUGGAAUAUUUUGGUGCCAGUAAAAAUUAAGCAAACAAUAUGUCAACACACGAUACAGCUGAACCCGACGACAUACCGGCACAGCCAAAGUUUUUGCCGGAUAUUGAUCCAAAAUUUUUAACUACAAAAGAUCCAAAUGAAACGCCCAUUUUCAGCAGACACAGAUUGCAAGUCCGCAUUCCAGAAACAUCUCGAGGUGAUAUUAUGCACUUGGCUAUAUCAAGAAAUUGGUUCGCAGGCAUUUUAACAACAGCAAAACAAGUAACAUUGGUCCGUGUAUUCUUAAAACGUGUCUUGCCACCUUCAGAAAUAUCUUUGGAAAAGUAUCUUGCCGGUUAUAAAAUUUCUAAGCUAUUUAUGGACUUCACCGGUCAUCACAUAAUUAUAAGUUUAAUACCAAAAUCCCCUGGUCUUUGUGCUGACUUCCUAUACGUGCACGGAAACACUGCGAAGGUUAGACGUAUUGAAAAGUUUAAGGAUCAUGAGAUUACAGCCGUUGCCUUCAAUAACUAUGCGGGCACUGAGAAUGCAACUGCAGCUAUACUUUUGGGCACUAGUCGUGGUUUGAUAUUUGAAACGGAAUUGAACCAAGAAACUGAAAAGCCUUUAUAUAGAAAGCAGGUAUACGAUUUAGGACUUGGUCGUGCUUGGUAUCCUAUAACCAGUCUGGAGUUGUUACGUAUGGCCAAUAGCAAUAAAUACAUUGUCGUUGCUGCUACCCCCGAUUGUAUAUAUACAUUCCAAGAAGUGUUAAGGCCAGAUGAAAAAUCACUACAGCCAAUAUUUACAACUUAUGUGAAUGGCACACAAGUACAUGGUACCAUCGAGGUAAAGACUGACUUAACGUACUCCGUUUUUCGUUAUUUUGCGCCAGCGAAUGAGCGGUAUAUUAAAAAUUGGGGUUGGCUCUGCGGUGCAGGAAUUCGUAUUGGCGAGGUUUCCGCAGAUACUAAUAGCGCUGAUGUAUUACUCGGUGAUGACAUUAUUAAAUUAGAUUUCGUAGAGCGUCAGCAUUUGUCAUAUGAACAGAGGCGUCAAUGUGUACCUAUAUCGUUUGUACUCACCGAACAUCAUGCACUACUACUAUAUCCCGAUCACAUUACUGGUAUAUGUUUGCUUAACCAAGAAGUGGUGUAUGAAGAAUAUUUUCACGAAAAUACUGGCAAGCUGUUAAAUGUAUUACGCGAUCCGUUUUCGGGUACUCUUUACAUAUAUACAGAUAAAGCGGUAUAUGAUUUUAGAAUCACAGAUGAAGAGCGCAACAUUUGGAAAAUAUAUCUUGAUAAAGAGAAUUAUGAAAUGGCAGAACGCUAUGCUGCUGAUAAUAGUGAUAACUUGGAUAUUGUAUUAACAAAGAAAGCUGACUCAGCCUACAAUGCUAAAGAUUACACGGCCGCUGCUAAUAUCUAUGCAGAAACUAGUAAUCCGUUUGAGGGUAUAUGUCUUAAGUUCAUGGAAUUGGAAGAUAAGCACCCAAUAAUUCUAUAUGUGAAGAAACGUUUAGAGAAGAUAAUGGAAAGUCCGGAUCAUGUUAUUUUAUUGGUAAUAUGGUUAACCGAUCUUUAUUUAACACAAAUUAAUUACCCGGGACGUGCAAGCAGUGAACGCGCUCAAUGGCAACGUGAAUUCGAUGAAUUUGUGGCUGAUGAACGCAUAGCCGCUGCAAUGCGUGAAAACAACGUUGCCAUACAAAAACUAAUCAAUGAACAUGCCGAUACGCAUAAUUUAAUAAAAUUUGCUAUUUCCAAUGGUGACUAUGAGGAAGUAAUAAAGCAGCAAAUAUUGUCAGAGCAAUAUAAGGAUGCGCUUGCCUCAUUGAGCAAACAAAAAAACUCUGUGCUCUAUUACAAAUUUUGUCCAUUACUUAUUGAUCAUUUACCACGUGAAACAGUGGACUUAUUAAUAGCGCAAGGUCGGAAACUGGAUGCAAAAGAAUUAAUUACCACACUCGCAGUAAUAAAGACACCACAACACAUUGAGGAAAUUAUUAAAUACAUUGAACACGCAAUAUAUAAUCUGGGUGAAGAAGAUGAUGCUAUACAUAACUAUUUACUGCGUUUAUAUAGUGAGCAUAAACCUGCAAAAUUAAUUUCUUAUUUAAAAAAUGAGGGCACCGAUAUUAGUCUAGUACACUAUGACGUCAACUAUGCUCUCUUGACUUGUUCCAAUUAUGAUGCAAAAGAAGCUUCAGUUUUUCUAAAAUGCUUAGUGGGCAUGUGGCCAGCUGCUGUGGAGUUAGCGCUAACAUUUGAUCUCAAAUUAGCUAAAGAGACUGCUUCAAAACCAAAAGAUGACGAAAUGCGACACGACCUGUGGCUAAAUAUAGCUCAACACUGCAUACAAGGCACCAACGAUGUCGAGAAAGCACUGGAACUAUUAAAAGAAUGUGAUCUCCUACACAUUGAAGACUUGCUACCAUUUUUUUCAGAUUUUGAAAAAAUUGAUGAUUUUAAAAAACCCAUAUGUGAUGCUUUAAAAGACUACAACUCAAAAAUACAAGAACUUCAGCAUGACAUGAACGAAUAUACCAAACAAGCGGAUCGCGUGUGUGAAGACCUACAAAACAUACGCGAUCGUUGCGUACGCAUCGAAGCACAUGAGAACUGCUCCAUUUGCGAAACAUUUUUAAUGGUUAAACCCUUCUUCGUAUUUGCUUGUGGCCACAAAUUUCAUAGCGAUUGUCUUGAAAAACAUGUCGUACCAAUGUUGACUUCAGAUCAAAGUCGGAAACUUACGAUGUUGAAGCAACAAUUGGAGACGUUACUAACAGAAUCAAUUGCUUCUGGAAACCACUCACAGCAGCAACGUUUUAAGCGUGAUAAGAUUAAGAAGGAAAUUGAAGAAAUCGUUGCGGCAGAUUGUCUUUAUUGUGGACUUCUCAUCGAAACAAUCGAUCAACCUUUUGUCGUGGAUUGGGAUCAAAUUCAUGUUGAUUGGGAAUAAAUAAAAUUUUCUACACAAAAUAAGUGGAACAGCGUUGUGUAUCAUAUAAUAUUUUAUUUCACAUAUAAUAUAUAAUAGUAUUAAUCAAUUUCUGACCUUUGUAGUUAUAUGUAUACGUAGAUAAUAUUAUAUUUAUAUAUAUAUAUAUGUAUAUAUACAAUAUAUAUGUAUGAAGCUUUGUAUGUUAAAUUGAGGAAUUUCACAAUUGUUUUGCAA